CCUCGCACAGUUCCAAUCAUCGACUUGCGCGGGAAGGUAGAAUGUCCGGACGUGGAGGCAAAGGCCGCAAGAAGUCCGUAUCGCGAUCGGCUCGCGCAGGAGUGCAAUUCCCCGUCAGCCGCCUUCAGCGCUAUCUCCGCCAGAGCGUCACCAAGCGCCGCAUCUCGGCAGUCGCGCCCGUCUACCUUGCCGCCGUGCUCGAGUAUCUUUGCGCCGAAGUUUUGGAACUGGCCGGCAACGCCGCACGCGACAACAAAAAACAUCGCAUCAUUCCGCGCCACAUCCUACUGGCUGUGGCCAACGACGACGAGCUUCAUGAACUCUUGAAGGGAGUGACUAUUUCACAAGGUGGUGUUCUGCCUCACAUACUUCCGCAGCUCCUCAGGCGUAGAACUCCUCAAACGUUUUCCGUGCGCAACCCGAUGAGUCCGGCCCCUCCGUCUCCCAAAUCUCCAGUAGCAGGUAAGAAGAAAGGAGGCAGACAGGCACCGAAGAAGGCUCCGCCGAAGUCACCAGGAAAAGCUCAGAAUGAAGAAGAAGGUUGAGGAAGAGAUGCGCAAGUUGUAGUGGCUUGCCGUGGCUGUAUGUGGCAUUCUUAUAAGUUGCUGUGCUUUGGAGCUGUUUUACUCACUAAUUUUGCGGUGAAGUUGUUGUACAGACAUGAGUCUUUGAAUAACAGUGACACUGACUGUCUGAGAUUGUUUUAGGUCACAACAGUGUGUGUUGUGUGUAGACAUGACGACGAAUAGAAUCGUGAGUUCAGUGAUCCAGAG